AUGUACCUCAAAAUGCGAAUACCACUCGACUUCUCCGCCGGUUUCCAGACCGGCUACCCUGCGACAUUGCAACGUCGUGAAGAAAUCGACGGCAGGAAAAUUACCACAAUUGUCAUCCUCGGUGUACUGGUUCUCCUCAUCUUUAUCGCCUUUGUCGUCUUUUCCCUCCGCGCAUCUCGGCGCUCUACCCGCGGCAACAACAAGAAACCUGGCGGCGGUGGCUUUUUCAAAUCAAUAUUGAAAAAUGGUGGCAGAAACAGAUACCGCCAGGCUCAGGAUGAAGACUCCACCUCUACCGAGCGACUGACCGACCGCCGUCGAUCCCGCCCCUCUUCUGUCGCAUUCGAUGCCUCGGCCGAUCAGUCGCAGGCCGAUGCCCGGUCUCCCAACAGCGCUGUCAACCGCAAUACUUCGAUUCGUUCGAUUAUGACGCUGCCUGCUUAUCGGCCUGAUCCGAACGAAACCGAGCAAGUUCUGGGUCGCGAAGGUGAACGCGGUGGUGUCGAUGUGGUUAUCGAAUAUCCCACGGAAGAAACAGAGGAGGAUUUGCGUGAUCAGGAGAUGGAGGCUCUUUACCAGAUUCGCCUAGCCCGCCGUCAAGAGCUUGCUGAGCGGGAGGAGCGGAGAGUGGAGCGCCGGGAAGCUCGGGAACGUGGCGACUUUGUAGCUCUGGACAACAUCCGAUCCAGAGCUCGGGCUGCCAGCAAUAACAGCGUCGUCGCUGUGCUCCGAGAAGAACAUGAACGCCUGAAGAAUGAACGUCAGAGAGCUGUUUCCAGUGUUUCCUACGCCGACCUCGGUGUUGCUCGUCACGAUGGUACACGACUUCGCGCCAACAGCAAUGAGAGUGAGAGGAUGGGGUUGCUGUCAGACUCCGCCAGUAUUGCGGCCACCUCAAUCCGAUCUGGGGCCGGAUCAGCCAUGAACCACAGGAGAGGCAGCUCUGUAAUGAGCAUCGAAAGCGACCUACCUUCGCCGGGCUUCGUUUCUAGAUCACGGGCGAAUUCUCGACCAGAUACCCCCCGCCUAGAUACCCGAGCAGGGUCCAGCCCGGACGUUGAAGCUGACGUAGGAGACGCUGGUAUGCCCAUCUACUCUCCACCUGGAUACGACGAAGUCUCGCUGGAUGACGAGCGGUCCAGGAGCAACACCCCUCAACCUGGCACUGAGCCUCCGCCGACGUACCCCGGUCCUGCCCAGCAACGAGCGGAGAGCAUUGCCUCGAGCAUGGCCGACCUGGCUGCAGAUGAGCAGACUACGAACAACUCCGCAGACUCGCGCCGGAGCUCAAGGGUACCACGACUACCUAGUUUACGAUUGCAGCAAGUGCCGCAAAUCGUGAUAGAACCUUCCAGUGCCAGGCCUCACGACGAUAGGUGA